AUUCCCGAAGGCGGUCCCGCCGAUGAGGAGGGAAGAGGGCGAGGCCGCGAGGCCGGAUGUGAGCGGAGCGGCCGCUUCCUGUUUCCUCACAGGCUCCGCUCGCCCGCCCCGCGCUUUGGGUGGUGGCCGUUGCUCCGGCGGCGCCGUGACCGUUUUCCCUCAGUCAGCUUCCUCUCCUCCCACGGGAAAGAGCCGAGGUCCUUUGGGGAUUUCCUCCUCGGUCUCCUCCCCGCCACGACGCCUCGCGGGCUCCUCGACGAGCAACAGGAACCGGCGGCGACGAAGACGACGAAGGAGCAGCAGCCGCCCCGAUGCAGGCCAUUAAGUGUGUGGUGGUGGGAGACGGUGCUGUAGGUAAAACAUGCCUACUCAUCAGUUAUACAACCAAUGCAUUUCCUGGAGAAUAUAUACCCACUGUCUUCGACAAUUAUUCUGCCAAUGUGAUGGUUGAUGGAAAGCCAGUCAAUCUGGGCUUGUGGGAUACAGCUGGACAAGAGGACUAUGACAGACUACGCCCGUUAUCUUACCCGCAGACAGAUGUGUUCUUAAUUUGCUUUUCACUUGUGAGUCCUGCAUCCUUUGAAAAUGUCCGUGCAAAGUGGUAUCCAGAAGUGAGACACCAUUGCCCUAACACUCCCAUCAUCCUAGUGGGAACCAAACUUGACCUCCGAGAUGACAAAGACACCAUUGAAAAGCUGAAGGAGAAGAAGCUGACUCCCAUCACCUACCCACAAGGCCUUGCCAUGGCAAAAGAGAUUGGUGCAGUAAAAUACCUAGAAUGCUCAGCACUUACACAGCGAGGCCUCAAGACAGUCUUUGACGAAGCUAUUCGAGCAGUUCUCUGCCCCCCUCCUGUAAAGAAGAGGAAGAGAAAAUGUCUGCUACUCUAAUGUAGCCCCCAGCCCCUUCCUCAGAACCUUCUGUGCUUUGCUUGGAACAAUGGAGCAUUCACAACAAUGUCAAGUUCUUCUGUUAAAAAAAAUUAGUUCUCUUACAUCAAAAUUUUUGAACCAAUCAUCACUUUCUCUUUCCCCUUUGUUUAAAAAGUUAGAUUUUGUUUUUCUUCUACUAAAGAUAUCCUUUUUUAAAAAAGACAAACCUAUAUAAAGCCUUAUCCCCCCCCCCAAAGUCCCUUUGCUCAGAUUAAUCGAGUGUUGCCAAAUUACCUGCUCAUCUAUGUUGUAUUGUUGUGCUUUGUAGAUGGAGCACGCAACCUGUUUGUUUGUUUUUUAAGACGAACAGGUGUCGUUAAAGAUACUAAUGUUUAUUAGGAAUUGCAAAACUUUAUAGGUUUCCCUUGCGAUUUCCUGUUGGUAGGAAAAUGCUGCUGUUUAAUACACUCAUCCAACUGAUGGUCUUAGUAUCUUUCUUUCAUGCCUGAACAACCGCAAUAAUUGACAGCAUACAUAUUCCCUCUUUUUUAAAUUAAAAAAAAAGAAAGUUUUCCUGUUUGUUAAGGACUGUGAUUUAAACUUUUCCUUGAAAUGUAUUGUCUUCCUUGAGAGCAGUAUAUUGCUUUGAUUGGUGAAAGAUACCUGGAUUAGUCAAGGGAAACUGCCCAACAGUAUUUUGACACUGUAAAGAUCAAUUUACACUACAUUGUCCACAAGUUGGUUAAACUCAGUGGAUUUCUCUCUUGUGUAAUAAAACCAGUAAACUGAAACCCUCUGUUGCAACUAAGCAGUAACUGAAGGGGGAGGUUGGUAUUUUUUAUAGAUCACUUGUUUGCAUUUUCCAGUAACACAUUCAUUUUGCUACAAUUUUGAACUGGUCAUUCCCUCACAUGUUCUUGCUAGACGCUUUAUUGUAGAAUUUCUUCUUCCUGAGCAAUAUAACUUGUAUUUUAAAAUCUUUCUGAUAUAUUUGCUUUUUUUGUAGUUUUAGAUAUAUUCAAGCAUAGCCUUGUUUCUGUUCCCCCCCUUCUCCUGUCAUAAUAGUAUACAUGCUUUUUUGAAAGGCUUCCUUUAGUCUUCAGGUGACUUGAUGUAAAAAUCAUGUUCAGCAGAUUUACCACUUCUAGUACUUUUUUAUAUUUCACACCACCUUAAUCAUCUUCCUUUAAUGUCACCAUUUGCCAGGUAACCUGAUGCUGUAAUUUUACUAAUGCUGACAUCGCCCUUUCGACCUCGCCUCCUGUUGAUUGAUCUACUAAUGGCAGUUGAUAUGUGAGGUUCUGUAACCUAGUGCUAACCAUGUUCCAUACAUCCCAGAUGCUGGCAAGAACACAACAUUGAGCUACAACCUUGAACUACUAGAACAAAAAAGUAAAAUAAAUGGAGUUUGCAAGAUUGUGAAGUUUUUACAUUGAUCUUUUUGGUAAUGCAAUUUAGCAGUAUGUUUUGCAUGUAUGACUUAAUAAAUUUCUUGAAUCAC